AUGGCAUCUCCCAAGCCCACAUACACCGAUCAACAAUUGGAGUCAUACUUGAAGCGUAUCGGAUACUCCAAAACCGCCCAAUCCGACAGCAAUCUUCUCCAGCAUGUCCGCCAGGAAAUUCAAAAAGAUGCCCUUGCUACGCUAUGUGAUCUGCAGAGAUGGCAUCUUACUGCCAUUCCCUGGGGAAACUCGGGGCUGCAUUACUCGCACCAUCAUACUAUCUCUUUGAACCCGGACAUUCUGUUCGAGAAGCUGGUAGAACGGCAGCUGGAUGGGUACUGCAUGGAGAAUACGGGAAUUUUUUUCAUUGUGUUGCGGUCAUUGGGAUACCUUGUUUAUGCCACUGGAGGUAGAGUCAGCCAUGCGGCGGCGGGAGGAGAGGAUAUCGGGUUAUUUACGGCAUUUGGACACAUGAUUUUGAUUGUGAUUAUUGGCGGGGAGAAGUACAUGGUUGAUGUUGGCUUUGGAAACAAUGGUGCCACUGCUCCACUAUUACUUCGAGAGGGCACUACUGCUACAGCUAUUGCUCCAUCCGAAAUGCGCCUUGUGCGAGAAAAUAUUGUCGAGUUUACGGAUCCAAACCGAAAGAUCUGGAUUUACCAGACAAGAUAUAACCCCGAGAGCAACUGGAUUCCACAGAUCUGCUUUUCCGAUGAGGAGUUCCUGCCUCAAGAUUUCGGUAUCAUGAACUUCUCUGUCAGCCAGAGCCGAACCAGCUGGUUUACUAAGGUCUUUUUCUGUGUGCGAAUGAUCAUGAACCAAAGUGGCACUGAGAUCAUCGGUCAAUGCGUGAUGUCUGGCAAAGAAGUUAAGCAGAGAUUGCGUGGGCAAACGGAGAUCUUGCAGGUGCUGGAGACUGAGGAUGACCGUGUCAAGGCUCUGGCAAAGUAUUUCGAUAUGCACCUCCGUGAGAGUGAGAUUCAAGGGAUUCGAGGACGGACCUCAGAGCUCAAGUAG